UUUUUUGAUGAAAUUAGUCAACGAAAAAUAAAAUUGUAAACAAAAUAUAAAAAUAUCAAAAAGGGAAUCAAUAUCCUAUUGAUCGAAAGAUCAUUUUAAUUGGAUUUAUAAAACAUUAUAAAGAUACACGGAUUCAUAAUCGCAUCCGAGCGAGACGAAUGUUUCUAAUUGGUAUGAAAAGAGCGAGGAAGAGGCACAGUGAUACCAGAGAGGUAACUUUCGUUAGUGAGAGCGAUAUUCGUCUGUUUAAGAGCUGCCAGUUUCCACUCGUUCGUCGUGAUCGCAAAUAUAUUCCCCUUCUUCGAUGGCAAUCGUUAACGAUCACUUUCUUCUAAGUAAGUUCCUUCGAAGGAUUUACUCGUUCCAGUGAUCGAUCCACCGCAAGGAUUACUCGUGCUCUUGCUACUUCUCUUACAUCUUCGUUAAAUAUAGUAUGAAACAUCUUUUCUUCAUUUAUUUACUCUCAAUGUGUGUGUGUCUAUUUAAUACAGAUAUGAUGUCACCUGAAAAUUGAAUCAAUCAAUUAAAUAUAAAAAUUGAAUUAUAUAUUGUGGCAAUUAAAGAAGAAGAAUAUGAAGAGCAUGAAAAAAUAAAAUAUACGGGGGGUCGAAGAAGACAGUUGGUGCACUUUCCUUGUUGGAAAUGAAUUUUCGCGGUGGACUAGCGAUACUUUUAUUCAUUUUUAUGGAGGUUAAUUGCGCAAUUUUGAGAAUCGUACAGGAAAAUCACUUCUCUUGCGGAUGUCCAGCAGCGUCGCAUAGAGAGCCACGUGCGAUUCUGUCAGCGAAGAACGUCAAUUCCUCUUCACUGGGCGAGGAGAAGAACGUGAGGACAACAACGGGUCGAAUAUUCAACGGGAAGCCGAGCAAACGAGGCUCUUGGCCUUGGCAGGUGUCUCUCCAACUCCUUCAUCCAAAGUUAGGAUUUAUCGGUCAUUGGUGCGGUGGUGUUCUCAUCGAGCCUACUUGGGUCGUCACAGCUGCUCAUUGUAUUCAUAACGAGCUUUUCAAUUUACCAAUUGGUGCACUAUGGACGGCAGUCGUCGGGGAAUGGGAAUUAAACUCCGGUGGACGUGGCUCGGCAAGGCUACCUGUUGAACGAGUGAUUCUCCAUGAAAGAUUUAACAAUUAUUUACACGAUAUCGCAUUGAUGAAGCUAGCUAGACCAGCCCCUUUAUCUAAAGUAGUACGAACAAUAUGUUUACCGGAACCGGAAGAGAAGCUUGGGAACAGAUAUUGCGUCGCUUCUGGCUGGGGUCAAUAUGGUCCCUCUCAGUCACUUUCCACUGCACUUUUAGAAGCCUCAGUGCCAUUACUAGAUCUUGAAAAAUGCACGAAAGCUUAUGGGAAAUCGGUAUCGCUUCGGAAUGGCCAUCUUUGUGCGGGUCACACUGAUGGCUCGACCGGAAGUUGUGUGGGCGAUUCUGGAGGACCAUUACAAUGCCGUCGCGCAGACGGUGUAUGGCAACUGGCAGGCGUCACUUCUUUUGGAUCAGGAUGUGCCAGGCCAGGAUAUCCUGACGUCUACACUAAGAUUCAGUAUUAUGUUAAAUGGAUAAGAAAUACUAUGAGCAAUGAUGAUGAUACGCAACUUUUUUAAUCAACGUGUUAUAACUCACGUGUACCUUGAAAUGUAGAUAAUAUUUAUGUAAAUAUUAAUGCGAAGUAGAAUCAUUGUAUAUAUUGAUAUAAAUAUACACAUUUUUGUAUGUUU